AUGGCCAGAGUUCCGAUAGCCGUGCUUGCGGCCUGCAUGCUCUUCACAGGCUCCCUGUUCACCAUCGUGCUGAAGCUGCAAGACACGGAGGUGGUGGGCCACCGCCCCGACGGCACCCCCAUCACCUUCCGCCACCCCGCGCUGCAGACCGCCUGCAUGUUUGCCGGCGAGGCGCUGUGCCUCAUCCCUCACUUCAUCUGGCGCUGGUCGCGCCGCGGGUUGCGCACCCCCACGGACCGCGCGGCCUCCGACGCCCGCCACCGUGCCGCAGCCUGGGCCUUUGGCCUCCCCGCCCUCUGCGACGCGGGCGGCACCACCAUGCUCAACCUGGGCCUGUACUACACCUCCGCCUCCGCCUGCCAGAUGCUGCGUGGCACGCUGGUCGUCUUUGCCGGCCUGCUCACCAUCACCGUGCUCAAGCGCAAGCUCUACGCCCACCACUGGGCGGGCAUCACGCUCAUCUGCGCGGGGGCGGCGCUGGCGGUGGGCGUGGGCCACCACAACACGUCGGCGCCCAAUCCUCUGCUGGGCAACCUGCUGGUCAUCCUGGCCCAGCUGCUGGCGGCCUGCCAGUUCAUCGGUGAGGAGAAGCUGCUGACCCAGCACCGCGCCCCGGUCCUGCUGGCGGUGGGGGUGGAGGGCGCCUGGGGCCUGGCCAUCGCCGCGCUGGCCCUGCCGCUGCUGUCGGUCGUGCGCGGGCGCGGCGGCGAGCCGCUGGACAGCCUGCCCGACGCGCUGCGCGCGCUGCGUGCCAGCCCGCGCCUGCAGUGGACCACGGCGGCUGCGGUGGCCAGCAUCGGCGCCUUCAACUUCUUCGGCGUCAGCGUGACCAAGAACCUGUCGGGCGGGUCGCGCGCCGCCAUCGACGCCUGCCGCACCCUCUUCGUCUGGCUCUUCUCCCUCUGGGCGGGGUGGGAGAGGGCGCAUGUGCUUCAGCUGGUGGGCUUCGUGGUGCUCAUCUCCGGCACCUCGGUGUAUAACGAGAUCCUGCGCUCCCCCUCGGGCAGGGGCGGCGGCGCGCUCGGCGCCUCCACCGCCUCCGUCAGCGUGCUGGCCAGCAGUGUCUCGGCCACGGCUCUGGCAGACGAGUCAGGGGGGUCGGACGGCGAGGGCGAGCCCGCCCGCUGGCAGCCCAGCCCCGGCCGGAGCCGGCGUGGAGAGUAUGGGCGGACGCCGUGA